GAACAAAUACCGCUGUUUCCCAACAAAAAGAUCAUUCAAGAAGUAGAAAAUCUGCUUUUGAUCAACUAAUGGAAGCAUUGAAAGAUGAUGGGGUUGCGAUGAUUGGAUUGUACGGAAUGGGGGGUUGUGGUAAAACCACAUUAGCAAUGGAAGUUAAGAAGAUAGCAGACGCUGAGCAUCUUUUUGACAAAGUUAUUUUUGCUCCUGUGUCUAGUACGGUAGAAGUUUCCACUAUUCAAGACAAAAUUGCAAGUUCAUUGCAGUAUAAAUUUCCAGAAGAUAAACAAAUGGAAAGAUCUCAACGGUUGUGCAUGAUACUAAUGCAGGAGAAAAAAAUUCUUAUCAUUGUGGAUGAUGUGUGGGAAAAACUUGAUUUUGGUCGCAUAGGGAUUCCCUCCUCUGAAUACCAUAAAGGCUGCAAGAUUCUCAUUACCACUAGAUCUGAAGAUGUUUGUAUUUCAAUGAAUUGUCAAAAAAAUAUUUAUCUACCCAUCUUAACUGAUGAAGAAGCAUGGACUCUCUUCCAAAACAAAGCACUGAUAUCUAAAGACACUCCUGAAAAUAUCAAGCAUUUGGGAAUAUCAAUAUCAAAUGAAUGUAAAGGAUUGCCUGUUGCCAUUGUAGCUGUUGCUAGUAGCUUGAAGGGAAAACAAGAGGCGAUAUGGCGUUAUGCGUUGAAUAAAUUGAAAAGUUCUAAGCCGAUCAAUAUUGCAAAAGGUUUGCGAGAUCCCUAUAAGUGUCUGCAGUUGAGCUACGAUAAUCUAGAUACUGAAGAAGCUAGAUCACUUUUCCUAUUGUGUUCUGUAUUCCCCGAAGAUUAUGAGAUUACACUGGAAUGUUUAAUAAGAUGUGCAAUAGGGUUAGGUGUGGCUGGAGAAGUUGAAACAUAUGAAGCGGCAAGGGCUGAAGUGACUGAAGCCAAAAUCAAGCUUGUAAGUUCUUGUUUAUUGUUGGAGGCGGAUGAUGAAUGUGUCAAAAUGCAUGACUUGGUUCGUGAUGUAGCCCAUUGGAUAGCAAAGAAUGAAAAUAAGAUCAUCAAGUGUGAAGUGGAAAAGGAUGUAAGUUUGGAGCAAGGUUCGAUAAGAUAUCUAUGGUGUGUGAAAUUUCCAGAUGAUGUGGAUUGUUCCAAUCUUGAAUUUUUAACUAUACAAACAAAAUCAGAAGUAUCUGAUGGAAUUUUUGAAAGAAUGGGAAAACUUAGAGUUUUGAUUAUUACCAAUAAAAACGACGAUCGGUUGCAGUUGUCAACAACGUCUUUCAAAUCAUUAACAAAUCUCCAUUGUCUGAUCCUUCAAAAUUGGAAUUUGAGAGACAUUUCAUUUGUGAGAGAUAUGAAGAAACUGCAAAGUCUUUCAUUUCAUCGUUGUUCAUUGCCUUCAUUCCUUGACUUGCAAACUGAUGUUGCACUCAGAACACUUACAAACUUGAAGUUGUUAGAGUUUAAAAUUUGUGACAUUGAAAGCAAUAUUUUUGAAGAGAUCAAAAGAAUCCCAUUUCUAGAAGAAUUGUAUAUUUUUAAAGACUAG